CCGUACGCGUGACGUAGCUGCUGUUCUUGUUUUGGCAGUUUGUUUCGAUAUUCUCGGGUUGUCAGACCCCAGAAGGCGUUUUGUCUCGGCUAUCCAACGCGAAGCUGCGAUGGUAUUGAUUGAGCAGUGACUGUGUCUGGGCUGAUUCAGGGGGCUGGAAAGCUUAGUUUCACAAUGGCAGAUGGAGGCAGUGAUGAUGAUGUCAUUCACCUGGCAAGCUUCAACGUCCACCGCAGCCAAGGCUCCCGCUCCCGUAAGAGGGAGCUCAUCACCAUUUCUGAUGACUCAGACGAGGAGCCUGUGACUCUGAUACCUGGCAGCCCUGUUUUAGUCCCGGACGAUGCAGAUGAUGACGACAUCAGCAUAUUGGAGCCGCUAACUCCUGCACGCAGACAUGUGAUUCGCCCAGCAGCAAAAUGGAGUGGGGCCUCGCACAACCUGAUUCAACUUGUAGGUCAUAGUAGCGCAACUUCUGGGGUUUCCACGGUGGACCCUGGUUCUGCCCCCCCUACCUCCAGAGAUGCCAAGGCCAACUCCUCCGCCGCAGUUAGGCCAGCCAUACGGACACAGACUCCAGUGCAGUCUAGCACAUCUGGACACACACAGCCACAACCCAGCUCUUCAUCGCACACACUGUCUCAGCCAAAACUUUACACAAACUCACAGCAACAGGCCGGUACGUCAGCGCAAAUGAAAGUGGAACUCCAUGCAGUUUCUAUCCAAACCCCAUCUACCUCCGCAAAUGCCAACACAUCCAGAGCACCUAUACCUGUACUUUUUCAGCCUCAGCCCGGAACAUCUGGGCUCAUACAGCCACAAGCUGGCCCUUCAGAACUCAUAAAGGCGGAGCCCCAGCCGAGUACCUCUAAAAGUGCCACACACUAUUCUUGUGCGACUGCAUCGAGUUCUUCUACCAAGACUCAAAGCACGGCUGGUGCAAGCACUCAGUCACAAGACAAUCCUCAGGCCAGCUCUUCAUCUGCACAGUCACAGUCUCACACGCGGACGCAGCCUCAGCCCGGUACAUCUGCACAGCCCCAGUCCAGUGGGACCACAAUCCUGCAGCCGCGCCUCACCCAGGUGAAGGAGGUGAAACUAGUCGUUCUUCCCCAGCAGCCAAGCAUCCAAGCCUCUGCUCUCGUAACCCAACCCCUGCUGCAGCUCAGGCCCCACAACCCACUGCAGCAGGUGUCAUUCAAUAUAAUGCAGGGCAAUCUCAUUCAGAUUCAACCACAGUUCCUGGCCCAGGCCCCUGCCCAGCCUCCAGUCCAGGCCCAUCAACCCCCUCAGGUGAUACAAGUGGCCCCCCCUGCAGUGCUAAUAGCUGCAGCGCCGGAGAGACUUGGACCUCCCGAGGCAGGUCACCGGAUCAUCCUGGGGAGCCAAGCGCCUGGGGAAGCCGUACCCAACCCUCCGCCACAGGCCGGUGCCUCUGGCGUGGUCCCACCAGCCCGCUCCCUCCACAUCAGGGUGCCUAACGUGCACGCUAACCUUCCUGUUCCUCCGGCUGCCUCAGCUUCAGUCCCCCACAACGGUGGAGAGGCUCGUCGUUUUCUGGCUCCAGCUCCAAACCCAGAAAGAGUCAAUCCCGGCCCUGGUCUGGUGGCGGUCCCUCCUGCACUAGAGGACAUUCCCCGAAUAGAAGACGCAAGGCCCGGUCCUUCUGCACCACAAGGGAGGGCAGAGCAGCAGCCCCACGUUAGAGCCCUCAUCACUGGUGUUUUGGAUCUAUUCCCAGAUGUCGACGAAGCCUAUGUAGCAGAACUGAUCCAAAAGAAUAAUGUGCAAGACUUGAAUGUUAUCUGUAACCUGCUGUUGGAGAACCCCGAGUAUCCAAGGGGAGGUACUGCAGCAGCCACAGCGGCUCCCACCAGCAUCCUACUGGAGUGUUCAGACACCGAGACAGAGGUGACCGAAGACCUGUUUGACUAUAACAAACUGGGCACGGUGGGACCAGAGGCUGUGAUGCAGGCUGCAGACUUGCUCAUGGCAGAUUUCCGGAUGCUCAGUUGUCAGGACAUCAAAUGGGCCCUCAAUGCUCUGAAGGGACACUAUGCAAUCACACGCAAGGCCUUAUGUGAAGCUCUGAAGAAGUGGCAAGAUUCAGGCGACCCCUCAGGAAAGAGACGACGGAGCAGAGCCUCGUCUGAGCGCUGCUACGUCGACUUCCAUUUUGAGCACGGUUCAGUGAAGUUUGAGAAGAGGAUGUAUUUCUUGGAGAAUGACCGUCGCUACUGCAGAACGUACAGCAGUCUGGAAGCCUCUGUGCAGAAGGAGCUUUCAUUCUAUCAGCAGAAGGCCAAGGAAUGGGCAGAGCAUGAGGACUUCCUCUUGGCUCUGCAGGUCAAUGAGGACGAAUACAAGAAGGACGGCCAGCUGAUUGAGUGUGGCUGCUGCUUCGGGGAGUUUGCGUUUGAGAAGAUGACGCAGUGUUCAGACGGACACCUGUUCUGCAAAGAGUGCCUGGUCAAAUACGCUCAGGAGGCAGUAUUUGGCUCCGGAAAGUCGGAGCUGAGCUGCAUGGAGGGGGGCUGCCCGUGCUCCUACCCGGUAUGUGAGCUGGAGAAGGUCCUCCCAGAGAACAUACUGUGUAAAUACUAUGAGAGGCAGGCGGAGGAGGCCGUCGCUGCCACCUGUGCUGAUGAACUUGUGCGGUGCCCGUUUUGCAAUUUCCCGGCCUUGUUGGACAAAGACAGGUCUCUGUUUAGCUGUCCCAACCCUCGAUGCCGCAAGGAGAGUUGUAGAAAGUGCCAUGUUCAGUGGAAGCAGCAUGUGGGGAAGACGUGUGAGCAGGUCCUGGAGAGGGACGAGAUCCGCAUGAGGGUGCUCUUUGAGGAGCGCAUGACGGCAGCACGGGUGAGGAAGUGCGUGAAGUGCGGGACGGGUCUGGUCAAGUCCGAGGGCUGCAACCGGAUGUCGUGCCGCUGCGGCAGCUUCAUGUGUUACCUCUGCAGAGAGCCCAUCACCGGCUACAACCACUUCUGCCAGCACGCACGCUCGCCUGGCGCGCCCUGCCGACACUGCCGCAAGUGUUCCCUCUGGACUGACCCCACGCAAGACGACGAACGAAUCAUUCAGGACAUCCAGAAGGAAGGAGAGGCAGAGUUGAAUAAGAAGUCUGCAGAUAAUUCAGGGAAGAGGGUCGGCCCUCCUCCGGAGCCCAUCACCGAAGCCAAGCGGCCGCGUGUCGGCCCUCCGCACGAAAACCCACAGAACCCGAACCCCGUGGCCCCUCCCCACCCACAGGCGGUACAAGCUCCACUGUUCGUGCCUCCACGCGCUCGCUACCCGCCGCCUCCGCCCCAGGCUGGGAUAUACCACCAGGUGAUGAUACGCCGGCUGCCCCCGGCCCCCUAUGUGCCCCCCUUACAACACCUGCCCCCGAACAAUAACAACAACAACAACAACCAUCACCACCACAACCCUCCCGUCAACCCUCCUCACCACAACAUGGACAUGAUGGACCUGCCCAUGCACUACGGACCCCCACACCGCUACUACAGACGCUUCUAACACACACUCUGUGGCGACACACGUUCACCCUGGUGGGAUCGGCUCAUCCUCAGAAUCACAAGCUUGCUCUCCGCAGUUACACUUCUCAUUUCGGAUCGGAUGUUAUUUUGUAUCUCUUUCAGUGCGCAUCACCGUUUUUCUACUCCAUCACUUGUCAUAGCUUCUCAUCAUUCUGCUGUGCUGCUGAUAAAACACAGUGAAAUGAUAAGUGCAUCUGUGGAACGACACACAUACACAUUCAGACAAUUUGCCUUCUGUCGCUGAGCUUCAAUACUUCAAUAACGAAGAGGAUCCCCACGUUACAUGUUCCUUCUUUUCAUCUUCUUCUGUUUAUAUGUCAGGGUUGAACUGAUGAACGCUUUAGAUUAUUCAGACAAUUUAUUUCCAGUUUAUACUGAUAUUUUUGAGUAAAUAAUUGAAAAAAAAAAAACAGUUAGCAUUCCCUUCUGUAUCUUUUGUGUAACAGGUGUGAGACCACACAGUUUUCUAAUAAAGUUUUAUGUUCACAUUG